UAAAUAAUACAACAUAAUGUCAGAAAACAGCUCAAAGGACACCGUACUUAAAACUGCCAUGACGUAUAUAUGUGGAGAAUGCCACCAUGAGAAUGAAAUGCGCCCCCGUGACCCCAUCCGUUGUCGUGAAUGUGGCUAUCGUAUCAUGUACAAGAAACGCACCAAGAGAUGUAAGUUUGAUUUUUCUAAUUACAAACUGUCGCUAAUUGUUUAUUAUUGUUAUUUACAGUGGUUGUGUUUGAUGCCCGUUAAUCUUCAGAAAUCCAAUAUUUUAGAAUAG